UAUGCAGUCAGUGUUGCGAGAUGAUGCACCUCUGUUGGUUCACACUGUUUCUCUGUCUUUCUGCCAAUGCUGAGAACAAUGCAGUUUGGCGAGAGUCCGGCAAGAAUGUCACCUUGGAGUGUUCCUCCGCAGGAUGUCCCACAAGCAUCAAAGGAUAUGAUGCGAUGUAUCUUUAUCAGUAUCAAGAUCUGAAGGAACCACAACAGGUGCUUUACUAUUUCUCCAAUACAGAAUUAAAUGUCAGAACAACCCCAGGACAGAGGUACACUGGCAGGAUUCAGACAGAAGGAUCACUGCAGAGCCACACCAUCACCAUCAGCAGUCUGACCGUGGAUGACUCUGGUGUCUACAAAUGUGUCUACACAAAAAUUCCAAGUGAAGUGGAAUGCAACGCCUACACACUUUUUGUGAGAGGAGUGGCACCGUGUUCCAGAUCUGCGGAAGUGCCUUGUGCCCGCACUAGUGAGAAAAGUCCACCUCUGGUGUUAAUCAUCAUCGGCGCCUGCACCAUCAGCAUGCUGGUUAUCGUGAUCAACAUCAUACUAAUCAUCCCGAGGGUGAGACGAUGGAAGCGCAGCAAAAGAACAACAGCAGCAAGAGUCCGGCAGGUCUCCAAUGAUAAUGUGUAUGAAAUCAUGACCAAGACUGGCCUCCACACUGCUCUGGAGGAGUCAUCGCCAGACCUGAGUCAGUUUGCUUAGUAUUACUUAACAUCAAAUAUUAUUGGCUUGGGUAUCUAAGUGGCAGCCGUGAUAAGAGCUUGCUGAAUUCUCUACAUGCAAAGGAAAGAUGCUUUAAUGAUUCCUUUCUUAUCUCCUUUAGCUUAGGGUUCACUGAACAGGGUCAUUCCUAUCCUCCUAGGGUCUUAUGUUCCCCAGCUCUGUAUAACACAUAAUGUAAGCUAAAAAAAAAAAGUUCCCCAGCACUGUAUAAGCCUAUAACAUGAGCUUUUGUGUUAGG